AUGAGCGUUUUUGAGUGGGCUGCGACCGAGUCUCGCACCAACGUUGUUCUUUGCCGCCUGGUUGAGCGACAGCCUCUGUUCGCGUGGCUGCACUGGAACACCGGUGUUGGCAUGGACCUCGUGCAUGCAGGACUCAAAUGCAUCGUCGUAGUGUUCGCAUCGGCCAUGCUGGCUCUCGUCGGCCUCGCCCUUAGUGUGUUCUCGGGCCUCGUGGACCGUGCAGUUCCCAUCGCCCUCAUGCCUCUUCUUCGGCCCGACCAGGGCGACGAACAUGCGCUCGCGCUCAACUACGUCUCAUCCACACCGUCAGGGUCCAAGUCGGUGUCAACUUCUAAGCGAGAGUCGGCUUCGUCAGUCCCGUCGACACCCUCGUUUCAGGAUCGAGCUCCAAAGAUGUGCAUCAAGUCGAACGACUUCAACCUGAAGUACUUCAGCCCGCAAAGGUCGUCAUGGCGAGCCCUCCGACACCUGCGGCGGAAGGCCACCACCUUCCAGGACAUGAUCAUGCCCGCAAGUCUCUUCUGGCACCCAACAACCGUCGUCCAGCUCAGCUGUGCCCGAACCACUCCGUCCCGUCGUGAGCAGGAUGUCAAGUGCGCCACACGAGCGACGAACUCUGAGAACGUGUGUCGCACAGUCAAAAACCUCUUCCUACCGCGCAAGCAGUCUAGCGUGCCGCCUCCGCAGAAGCGCACCGACCCGUACGCGGCGCCAUAUUUUUUCCCCACGCCCGGCUCGCCGCAUGCUGUGGACUACGUCCGACAAGUCCAGCUCGCGCGCCGGAACCCACAGGCGGCGAGCCAAGCGCAGCGGUCCCCGCGGUCUACUUCGCCAGAGCGGGAGGCUGCUUCCGCGCCCCCCACCACGGAACCCAGCCGCCGUGCGCUUCGCAAUGCCAACGAGGCAGCGGAGCAGCCGGCAGAGCAAUCGGCCUCGCGCCGCAGAUCGUGGCAAUUCUCGCCGCCACGACUGGCGCUCUCGCCGGUGCCGACACGAACUAAAGAGGCGGCGGACGCUGAGACCCAUCCGCACACCGCACAUCUUCUACAGCGGCUCGCGCCGAAGCGGAAGAAGUCGAGCAGCCAGCCGCCACAUUCGCGGGUGCCGCUCAACGUCGCGUCGGCGGCGACGGUUGACGAAAAGUCCGCUGACCGUCGGCUUGCGUCUACGUCCGAGGUUGUAUCGUCGACCGCAGAUAGUAAUAGUGGUGGUGUGCCUGCGCCGCGCAAGGGCUUGUGGCGCUCGCUGCAUCGUCGGUAG